AAUCAUUGAACGUUUUACUGGAACCAUUGAUGACGUUAUUGUUGUAAACUAAACCAAUGAAAUACGUGCUUUGAAAUAUCAGGAACGACCGGAAGUUUUUAUCAACAGAGAAAGCUACGCUACGAGUAGCUAGCCAAACAUAUUAACUGCGUAAACAAACAGAACGGAAAAUGGUUUGCGAGAAAUGUGAGAAGAAGCUCGGAAAGGUUAUCACGCCGGACACCUGGAAAGAUGGGGCCAGGAAUACAACCGAAAGUGGAGGGCGUAAGCUUAACGAGAACAAGAUGCUGACAUCUAAGAAAGCCAGGUUUGACCCGUACAGCAAGUCAGGCUUCGCUAUCUGCAGGAUCUGUAAGAGCUCAGUUCAUCAGGCUGGAUCACACUACUGCCAAGGCUGUGCUUAUAAGAAAGGGAUCUGUGCAAUGUGUGGAAAAAAGGUUUUGGACACCAAGAAUUACAAGCAGACAUCUGUGUGAUGGGGCAUUGAUCACAGAACAGCUUCACAAAUGGAGAAAUUAACUGUGAAAGCGAGAUCUGGAGAUGGCUAUAAUGGAUGAUCUGAUAAUGCCAUAAGAUGAUGCUAUAGAACUAGUGAAGAUGUGGUCUCACCCAGGCAAGUUGCAUUGUCUCCGAAAAACACCUUUUAUGACCUAUUUGUAAAAUAAAACCCUUAAGACAUUUUGUGUAUUUUAAUUUCUGUCCUUACAUUUGCAUUAUUUACUUUUUAAAAGGUGUAUAUCUCUAUACAAUACUGUAUGUUCUGUGUUGAAUUUGAUUGAAAUAAAGAUAAGAUGAGAUUUGA